GUCUCUCUUCAGCAGUCCACAUUCGAACGUACGAAAGAACAAACGAGCAGAAGGUUUUUGUGCUGGAAUUUAAUUUGUUAGAGAAAGAAAAAACAAUAAUAAAGUUUUGCUUUCAUUCCAAACAAAAUAUAGUGGAUAAAAAUUAGACUACCGGUCCUCCGUAUGCUGUUAUAAUUACUGUGCCAACGUAAAUAAAACCAAUAAAGCCAUUGUGUGUGCUGCGCUGGGCGUGCGAGGCGCAGCAGAAUCAUAAUUUUUGUGGUUGCGUAAAAGUGACUUGCGCGCACAAUGGAAGACCUCACCAAAAACAUAAUAUUCACAAACGCUAUUAACGGCCAGCCAGCAACCAUACAAUAUCAAACAGCAGACGGCACCAUACUCAAACAACCCAAAAUUGAGGGCCAAAAGACCGACCAGCAGCCCACCUUCUACUAUACAACAAACGGCAAUGCGGGCACUGUGAACUUAGCACAGUUGGCCACCUCAGACGACAAUAAGACGUGCUACAUCGCACAGCCAGUGGGCGGCUACAACUACGCCUUGGUCAACGGAAUGCCGCUGAAUCAGGGCACCGCUCUGGGAAUAGCCACUGUGGAUGCACAGGGACGCAUACAGAUUGUCAAUCAAAAUAAGCCCAUUGCGGCGACUAUUUCACCACUGCAAAACACAAUAUCAAACAUCAGCUUCAAGUGCGAUGUCUGUUCGGAGAUGUUUCAGCACCUGGCGCUGCUUAAUGCUCACAAGCGGAUGCACACAGACGGCACGGAUCCGCAACAGCACAAUUCACAGCAAUCAUCAGAUGCCAUAGCAGUGGUCAAUGCACAGGGCCUGGUGCAGACGCAGAACAUUAUCACCGGCAAUGGACAGAUGGGUCAGAUUCAAAUCGUGGCUUCCGAUACGCUGGAGCCAGUGCAGCAAUCCGUAAUGCAGCAACAGCAGCAGCAGCAACAACAGCAGGCGGCACAGCAACAACAACAGCAGCAGCAACAGCAACAUGAUAACUCCAAGUCGAGCAAGUGCAUUAAUUGCGGCAAUCCAAUACUGCAUCAGUCAAAGCGCAAGGGGCCUAAGCAGGUGCGCUGCGAGUCCUGCAUGCAGGCGGAGCAAGCGGCGCAACAGCAACAAAUAUUCGUAGCACCCGAUGGGCAAAUGGCGCAUCCAGUGCAAAUCAUAUCAACCACACCACAAGCGCAGGCUCAACUUCAGCAAAUUGUGGCCCAACAAACUGGCGGCACAACGCCCAAGCGUGAGCCCAGCUCGUCGGGUCAUCAUCCUGUGAAAAAGCGCAACACCCAACAGAUGACCAAGUGUCAAAAGUGCAAUGGAUCCGGCGUAGUACUCAUGGGUCAACAGCACACACACCAGCAUGGUGGCGCCGGCGGCUCUGUCAAACAAAAUACGGUCACCGUCAAGACCGAAAAUCCCAGUAAACCGUUCAGCUGUAACAUAUGCGGCGGCCUCUUUUCACGCUACUCCAGCCUGUGGUCACACAAGAAGCUGCACAGCGGCGAGAAAAACUACAAGUGCACCAUCUGCGGAUUGGCAUUUGCCAAGGCUGUCUACCUAAAAAAUCAUGCGCGCAUACACACUGGCGAAAAGCCUUACAAAUGUCAAACGUGUGGCAUGCAAUUUUCCCAAUCGCCGCAUCUGAAGAACCACGAGCGGACGCACAGCGGCGAGCGUCCAUAUGUUUGCGGGGUGUGCGAUAAGGGAUUUGCGCGCCAUGCUACCCUGUGGAACCAUCGCCGCAUACACACCGGCGAGAAGCCUUACAAGUGUGAAAUAUGCGGCUCGGCUUUUUCACAGGCGGCACAUCUGAAGAACCACGCCAAGGUGCACUCCGGCGAGAAGCCUUAUAAGUGUGAGAUAUGCUCGGCAGCGUUUGCCGAUCGUUUUGCGCUGAAACGCCAUCGUGGUAUACAUCAAAAGUAUGGACAAACGGCGCCCAGGCAGCCUGCCGGUGAUGGUAUGGUCGUGCACAAGCAAGAGCUGCCCGACAUGGAUGACGAUGCGCAGCAGGAGGUCAUAAUCGGUGGUUUAUAGAUAAGAGCAACCAAUGCCAAUGCCAAGACGACCAACACAGCGACGACUACGGCAGCGGCGGUAGCCUAUCAAUCGGGAUCGGGCGCAAGCCAGGAAACGGGCGGAAGCACAGGCACAUUUCCAGCCCAGCCCUAUUCAGGCUACUACUAUCAGGAGCAACAACGACAGGAAGAGCAGCCCCAGCAGAGCGCCGCCUUUAGUGCUAGAUCAGACUAUUAAGCUGGCGCCUGUACAUACAUCAUCGAGACAGAGGAGCAUCGUCAUCAUCACCAUUAUCAGCUAGGCACCAUUAAUGUUUCAUAUUAUGAUCAUUAUUUUUUUUUUUUAAUAUCGUAGUUCAUGUAGGGCUCUAUUAAUUGGGCUUGGGGCACUCAAAGGGGUGCCGCCAAAAACGCUUUUUUACGUUAAACUAACAAAACGAAUCGAACCUAAUUUAUUCAUAGAUUGUAACAUAGAUACGGCGCAAUAUGUGGUACAUUUAAGUGUUAUAGUCUACUUCCGUAUACAAAUUGUAGUUGUAAUUUACACGGAUUUAUAAGCGAGGGGCGCGUUAACCGCAUGAACAGCAAAUACGUAAGAAUCUGCGCAGGCAUGUAUCAUAUACAUAAUAUACAUCGGCAUCGAUCCGCAAAUGUAUAUGUAUAUAUAUGGGUAGUACAUUAAUUCGUUUAUAAACAAUACUAGCGAUAAGAAGAUACAAAACAAACAUUUUAAAUACAAUUUAUGUAAAUCUAAAUAAGUAUUACACAAAACAAUUAUAACUUUAAUAAAUAAAUCAUAUUUGAAUAA